GUUCGUCUCAGCUGUUUUCGCCCCUGAUACCAAUACAGCAGCAUCGGCAUUUAGAAGCGCAUGAUUGAAUAACUAACGUGAAAAUCAUGUUUCAUUUUUACGCAGUACAAUAAUUUUUUCUACAGCUUUUUUUUCCAAAUGAUAUACCAGCUGUACGUAGACUUAUAUUUCUUCGGAAAGCUGUCCUGUAGUGCAUUGGACAUGCACAUAUCUUAGACUAUCCGAAUUAUUUUCGGGUAUUAGCUAAUCAACAAUCUAACGGUAUAUUUUUAACUUGCACAAGACGCUAACUAGCUAGCUACGCGUGGACGCCACAUCUAAGUCACCAUGCAGGUGAUGGAAAAAGACGGAGAGGACAAAGUCGAUGUGCAUUUUACCGAUCAACCCAAUGCGCUCGUCGUCUAUAAAGUGCACGAAAGCCUAUUUGUUGAUGACCAGUUAAAGGCCAGCUUCGAGGCCCUGUUUCGCUCCUUCGACGACGAGGUCUCCUUCCAGUACUUCAAGAGCUUCCGCCGCGUGCGCGUCACCUUCGCCACGACGCUGGCCGCAGCCGAGGCCCGGGCGAGGCUGAACCGGAGCGAGUUCAGAGGGAGGGAGAUGCGGCUGCACUUCGCCCAGUCCGUGCACAUCGGGAGUGCCCGCCUGGAGCCUCCGAAGCCAGACAAGCAGUUCCUUAUCUCCCCCCCUGCCUCGCCCCCCGUGGGCUGGGAGCAGGCCCUGGACGCUACGCCCGUCAUCAACUACGACCUGCUGUGUGCCAUCUCCAAACUGGGGCCAGGUGAGAAGUACGAGCUCCACACUGGGACCCCCACCACCCCCAGUGUGGUGGUGCACGUGUGCGACAAUGAGCUGGAGAGCUCCAACAGCGAGGAUGACGAGGGGAGGGCCCCACGCCCCAAAAUCAUCCAGACCCGUCGCCCAGACUACACCCCCGCCGUCCUGAACUGAGCGGCCCGCCAAGACGCUGUCUGCAAAAAAUACAUAAAAGAGCAUUACCACCUCCCCGUCACUAGGGGGAGCACUUGCAUCAGAGCCGAGCUUGGAAAGGGAGACCCUCUACAAGCCUUGCUUGGCUUGCCAGCAGAGCAGGGCAAAGGACAGCUGUUAGCAGUAGCUGAAACAGUUUAUAAACUGUCCGCUUCAUUCUGCCUGAGAACUCUGACCAGGAUGACAGUGAAUUAGAGGGACAUUAACCUACUGUGUAUCUGUAAAUGCCGUUCGCGUAUGUUUUCGUUUUAGUCUGUCCCAUUUUGACAGGGAAUGGGCUAUUUCUUUUGAUUGGGCUUUCAGGAAGUGGUUUAGUUGAUUUUAUUGGUGGGUGCGGAUAGUGGGCCAGUUUCCUGUCUGUCUGUCUGUCUGUCUGAAUAUAGAGAGCAUGAUCAUUUGUGAUGGAUGGUUUUGUGGGUUCAGAAUCAAGAUUUUGUUCUGUUUCUCUGCUGUCAUCGCUGUCUAUGCAACAGACCUACCUCUCCGUUCAACCCCACUCAUUAAUUUUGCUACGGAGUGAUGGAGGGUGGAUCGGCAGCCAUUUUGUAUUUCGUGGCCACGUCUGUGCUCCAUUGGCCUCGUUUGGGGCUGCAUGAGUCCUUGUGUACCCUCAGUAGGGACGGGUUCCUCUCUGGCUCGCCCAUGAGCGAAACCCAGGCUAGCUCACAGUACCGUGGGCCCGGUCAUUAGGGCUGCACGAUAUCAGUAAGAUGUGCGAUAACGUUAUUGAAUAUUGCGAUGGCGAUAUGACUUAAUAUUGAAGUGUUUUAAAUCACUUUAGCUUUCUGCUUUAGGUACGCAUCGACCCCCAAAAAUGAAUAGCCUAUGCACACUCAAUAAAUAAAAAUUAGGCUAAAUACAUUAUUUCCAAAAUGCAUUUAUUGAACAAAUUGCACAUGGACAGCCAAUCAACUUAACAGAACAUCAAUUUAAAUAAAUACUAUUCAUCACAGUUCAAGCAAUCUUUUGUGCUGUGUUUAUCACGCAUGUUCAUAUCUCAAUGACGGGAAGUAUACAAUAUAUCAUGCAGCCAUCGUGUCUGCCACCAGGCUCAGCCAAUCAGCUCAUCCGAUUAGCCUGCUCAAAUAUGUGUUUAUAGCUUGCUAGAAUCUUCUUUACUUGCUUCUUUGCUAAAAUGUUUGCCACUGUUUGCAGUAGACUAUGACAGUGGUCAUCUCCCAUGACCAGCUUUGGUUUAAAAGUUGUGUGCAAAAGCCAGCUUAGCAUGUGAAAAUGCAAUUCUCACUACAUGCGCUGUCAAUGUCUGGUGGUUGGGGCUGCACAGAAGACAUUCAGUAGCAAGUUGUGGUCACUGCAAACUCGUUACAAACAUAUAAAAAGAUGAGCAAAUAGUGUUAGCUUCCCAAUUUCAGGAAAAGUCAAGAACUCAUAACAAUCCUCUACUUAAUGUACGUAGAAUUGUGAUGCAUCACAGUUUUUCCUGAACCCCCUGGUCACACUGUAAUGGUGGAAUCUAUCUCUGUGUGCUAGGUUCCUCUAUCUGUGGCUCAGGAUCUGCAUCAGCUUUCUGGAGUUAAGCAUGUGAACAAGUUUUUGUAAAAGGUCAUACAACACCUUCCCACUUUAGAUCAUGUAGAACAGCAGAACCUACCGGCACUGAUGCUCCCUAAAUAUAAGCCUGACUGAUGACAAUUUGCGUGAACUAGCAAAAGCAUGAGGGGUUUACUUAACCUGUGCCCUACCAGAAAAAAAAAAGAAAAAGAUUCCCCAAUGUAUCUCUCCCAAUGCAUGCUGGGAUAGGCUACCCUGAACAGGAAUAAGCAGGUUAGAUAAUGGAUGAAUGGAUGGAUUCGCCAAUGUAAAAAUGUACUUGCAUGUCAGCCCUGCCUCUUCCCUUUAUAGUCAUCAGCCUCUACUGUCAUCAUUGUCCCCUGUCUUACAUUACUGUUAUGCUUUCAUGGUCUCUGUCUGCCAUGUGGUUUUAGGGGACUCUAGUGCAGUAAUUUACCUUGUUCCUGUGUGUAUAACUGCUGUUGCUGUGCUCCAGUGUUACACCUGUACAGGGGCAUAAAAUAAACCCGAAUUAGCCGAUGUGUAACAACAGAAGUACCGUUUAGUGGCGCCACCUGUCUCCUUAGCAUAGCCGAUGAAAGUAAAUGGUGUUGUAUAGUAUUGAUGGCUCCAUUAUGGAGACGGCCAGUGUUAUGUGUUGCUGUAGCCUGGUAUAUUCUGUUGAUUUUUUUUUUUUUUUUUUUUAAAGGUGUAGGCCUACCUUCAAUGUUAAGCUAUUAUCUGUCCAUAGGUUUUGCACCUUUUUUUGCGAUGACUAAAUACAAUUAAAUAUUUUGGAGAUAGUAAUUUUCCAUUUUGCCAUGCCACAGUAUCAGUCUUUUAACACUGGGUGCUAUUUAGCCUGUUGGCAUUAUCAUUCAGAGUUUACUCAUUGAAAUUGUUUGAUUUUAUAGGCGCUUAGAUGUGCACGAGCUAACCUUAACUUGCUAUCAACAUGCUGAAGUACAUCAGAGGACAAAGCCAGGCCCGUUCUCCCUGGUGUGCAGGUUGAAGCAUAACACUGGGUGCAGUUCAGGGCUCCGGUUACCGCAUCAAGAAGGAAUAGCAAUUUGAUUGAAAUUUGACCAGUAGUUUGUAAUGAAUGUCUUCCCUCUCCCUGUUACACUUGUAGUCGGCUAGCCCAAAGUUCACCUAUCAGCAUCAGCCAGCCAGUGAAUUUUGCCUUUGUCUCAGUUUAACUCAAAGGUGGGCCAAUGAGGCUAUGUCUGUUUCUGGUUUUCAUGUCAAGUUCUGGUUUAAUUACUUAACUAGCGCUAACAUUUAUUCUAUACAUUUUCGCUACGUUUUGAUAAGCACUUGAAUGACGGCCAUAUACUGUUCUUUCGUCCCUUUACCGUGCUCUAAUAUAAGAGUGACCCCGUGUCUGUAGCCAGUUAUUUCAUUUAACUGGUGGAAACUAGAACCUGCAUACACCCAGGACUGGAAUUGCCCAACCUUGGCUAAACUGAAGUUGAAUAUUGAAAUUUGUCAGAAACUACCCCCAAACUGUGCAGUCCGUUCUCUUUCAAUUUGUGGCUGUUGAUUGAUUUCGUACGGGCAGUUAGUCAUUUCUUUCAUUUUCUUCAGUGCUGAUUGCAUAUUUUUAACCCCUUGAGUUCAUUAUAAAUAGGCUAACUGAAAAGCUUCUCUCAUUAAUGGCUGCUACAAUACUGAAUUUUUUAGUUGUGUGUUUUUUUGUAGUUUCAGCUAUUAAAAUUAAUGUUCCUUGAAUAAUUGUGCUUUUAGUUGCUCAUCUAAAGUCUGCUAUGUGACCUACCUGGCUGCCUCAGAGGUGUGCUCUGGAGAAUUAUAAAAUAGCCGUUCUGUAAGUGAUGAUCGAAAUGACGCACCCUCGGUGAAUGAAUGCGGUCUCCCUGUUCCAUAUCUGUAUGAAACGAGUCUGAUUUUUAUCACGGAGACAAGCCAUCUUAUUGUGUGUUCUGUGCUUUUCCAAAAUGUAUUUCUCUUUUUAAUGGUAUGAUAUUAAAUAUAUUAAAAGAACAUACCUUUCAGACAAA